GCGAGGUCUUCUUUAGUAUCAGAUGUCGCCACACGUGUACCAACACAGAAGAACGUGAAUAGGCAAGUUGUAACAAUAUCGUGCAUGACACAGAAUACAUGAAGAAUUGACUUUAGACCAUUUCAUGUGUGGUCCUCCUGGGGCUUGAGCGGAAGAUGUCAUCUGUAUUUGUAUAAUUCGGUGAGUUCAAGUCGAGUAGAAGCUAGCUACCAGCUUGCUGUGCUAACUACACCAGAUAGCAAGACAGCCACGGAUUAGUAUAGUAGCUUGAUCAGGUGAGGGCUAGUGUUGCAAUGAUGCAACGGUAAUGCACUGCCAGUGGUGGUAAAGUCAUGUUUUACAUCGCUAACUAGCGAGAUCAUGUAAGAAGCAGCGAACCUGGCUGGCUAUACUUGUCAUAUCAUGUUAUUAUAUUUGAGUGUAUAAACAAAAUUAUCUAAACAGAAACGAUGUGAUUACCAUGAGGAAAAAUACCUCGCAAUUCCUUGCAUCCUCUGUUUAUAUUCAACUGCAGUGCAGUGUGCCAUUUUUAUUUCCCGCCAUUGGAUUUCCGCAAUUGUGAGAAGUUGAAACUGGGUGAACAACCAGACAAAAAAACUACAGCCACAUAGAGCACUAUAGUAGUUAGAAGUGAAAUACAUACAAACAUGAACGUCUUUCAUGUAAUAGAAGAGAUUCAAACACUAAGGUGAAUGUAUGACAGCUAGCAUGACAUGAUUUGAAUGUUAUGGUGCUUUCAAGACAACUGGGAAUUCGGGGGGGGGAAAAACAAGGUUAACUCUUUAAGUCAGUACUGUUCAGGUCGGAAAGUAUGAGUUCUAGAAAGAUGGCCGAGUUUCCGACUUGGAAUUCCGAGUUGGGUGAGUGUUGAAAACGAUUUUUCCCAGUCGAGGUGGAUUUUAUUUCCCCGAGUUUCCAGUUCUCUUGAACGGACGGAAGUCGGAUAUUUCAGAGUUCCCAGUUAUUUUGAACGCGGCAUUAGGCUAACUUUAAAUUAUUUCAAUGACUGAAAUGUCUGGAAAAACGAAUUGCCUCGAAAUCCAUCGAACAAGUACGUUGCCAUUUCUAUCAUUCAAAACAUUUCUGUCAUUUAUGACUUAAUUGAUUCCCACGGGGGGCCAGUAUGAAAUAAAUACAUUAAUAAUAAUAAUGUAUGCGAUCACUAACUGUAAGUCGCUCUGGAUAAGAGCGUCUGCUAAAUGACAAAAAUGUAAAAAAAAAAAAAAAAAAAACUUUCUCCGGACUUAAAUUGAUUUAGUCCAAAGGCCGGCAGAUGGCGAUAUUGAGUCGUUUCGUUUUACCAUCCAAAUGCAAUGUACGCAGCCGGCAAUACAUUUGUAUCCACUUGGAUCGGUUCGUAACCAAAACAUUCUCAAUUCAGCGAUUUCCUCCCUAACUAUAUUUAAUGGCGAGAAGGUGGGGAACAUAUCAGGGAUAGGCAUGAGUACUCGAACGAACGUCAAAACUCGAUCCUUAAAGCUGCAAUAUGUAACUUUUUGGGCAACCCGACCAAAUUCACAUAGAAAUGUGAGUUAUAGGUCUGUCAUUCUCAUUGAAAGCAAGUCUAACACGCUGACUUGACCGGGCACGCACGUGCGUCCGCCAUUGCGAGCAUGGUGAUUUUGGCCAUCCACACCAGAAGCGAUCAGGACAUGCAGGUUGAAAUAUCAAAACAAACUGAACCAACAAUAUUAAUUUGGGGACAGGUCGAAACACAUGAAACGUUCAUGGACAUUUAGCUAGCUAAUUUAUCCUGUGAUAUAAACAUUGGGUUGUUAUUUUACCUGAAAUGCACAAGGUCCUUUUUUAAAAUCUUUGUAUAAUGUUGACCCAUUUUGAGACCGGUAACAUCGUGUGUUCUCUACUCUGACAAUUAAUCCACAGAUAAAAGGGGCAACCUAGGUCGUUUCUAGUAAUCUCUCCUCCUUCAGUCUUCUUCUGUGUACUUUAUAUGGCGAAUUUGGAACUCAGUAGUGAGUGUUGCAACCGAGGACAGACGAUUUUUACUGCUUCAGUGGUCCUGUUCUGUGAGGUUGUGUGGCCUACCACUUUGCGGCUGAGCCGUUGUUGCUCCUAGACUUUCCGCUUCACAAUAACAGCACUUACAGUUGACCGGGGAAGCCUUAGCAGGGCAGGAAUUUGACGAACUGACUUGUUGGAAUGGUGGCAUCCUAUGACGGUGCCAUGUUGAAAGUCACUGAGGUCUUCAGUAAGGCCAUUCUAUUGACAAUGUUUGUCUACAGAGAUAGCAUGGCUAUGUGCUCAAUUUUAUACACCUGUCAGCAACGGUUGUGGCAGAAAUAGCCGAAUCCACUAAUUUGAAGGGGUGUCCACAUACCUUUGUAUGUGUUCCAACAAUGAGCUGCAGUUUUGGAAUAAUUGCAUCCCGUCUAUUUUCAGCUUAGGAUACUUUGCGAACUGCUAGUGCCAUUUAGAAUUGAUUAGCCUAGGCUGUAACCCCCCUAAACAUAGACGGUUUCCACACUGAAAAUAUGCAAAAGCAUUACUUUGAUAAAGACAGAGCGUAUUUUCAUCAGAAUCAUUAAGCCUAGACCUACUCACCAAACAGAUGUUGGCUAAAACUGGUUAGACUAGUAUAGUAAGAGGUAGGAUAGUCAAACCUUUACCUAUGGUAGUGCUGAGCGAUAAAUGCUUUUUGAGGUCUGUUCGGUUUCUGUUCUAUUAUAAAAAAAUAAUCACUAUCCAUUAUGUGGGUUGAAUGCUGUAACACAGAAUAAAACAAAUAAUAAAAGGCCCAUGUUGGUAGACUUCUCACUUAUUAACAAUAAUUUAUUCACAUUACUUUUAACAAAAUAUUUCAGUUGUGUUUAUUACAUUUGUUUUAUUUGAUGACUUUAUUAUUUCAUUCCAAGUCAUCAUCUCAUCUCUAUAGAGCUGCUGCCUCUGCUGUCUGACAAAAUCACUAUUUUAGUAGUUCUUCAAAGUAAAUAAGGCAUCAUUUUAUGAAUGCUGAAUACCAACAGCACCUUGUGCUGGGGACAAUAAAAGGCCACUCUAAAAUGUGCAGUUUUGUCACACAACGCAAUGCCAAGUUUUGAGGGAGCAUGCAAUUGGCAUGCUGACUGCAGGAAUGUCUGCAACAACCGCAAACCAGGUGUAACCACGCCAGCCCAGGACCUCCACAUCCGGCUUCUUCAACAGCGGGAUCGUCUGAGACCAGCCACUGUGACCACUGAUGAAACUGGGGGUUUGCACAACUGAAGAAUUUCUGCACAAACUGUCAGAAACCGUCUAAGGGAAGAACAACUGCGUGCUCGUCGUCCUCACCAGGGUCGUAACCGACUUCAGUGGGCAAAUGCUCACCUUCGAUGGCCACUGGUGCUCUGGAGAAGUGUGCUCUUCACAGAUGAAUACCGGUUUCAACUGUACCAGGCAGAUGGGGAUUGGUUAGCAUUUUAUCGAUGGCAAAUUGAAUGCACAGAGAUACCGUGACGAGAUCCUGAGUACCAUUGUCGUGCCAUUCAUCCGCCGCCAUCACGUUUCAGCAUGAUAAUGCACAGCCCCAUGUCGCAAGGAUCUGUAGACGAUUCAUGGAAGCUGAAAAUGUCCCAGUUCUUCUAUGGCCUGCAUACUCACCAGACAUGUCACCCAUUUGAGCAUGUUUGGGAUGCUCUGCAUCGAAGUGUAAGACAGCGUGUUCCAGUUCCCGCCAAUAUCUAGCAACUUUGCACAGCCAUUGAAGAGGAGUGGGACAACAUUCCACAGGCCACAAUCAACAGCCUGAUCAACUCUAUGCAAAGGAGAUGUCGCGUUGCGUGAGGCAAAUGGUGGUCACACCAGAUACUGACUCGUUCUCUGAUACCCUGAGCUCACAGAAAAAACAUAAUGAAAUGGAAUUCAAAUAAUUGAACCGACAUCUGUCAAUUAGUUGUUUAAAAACCAUAAAAUAACAUACAUUUCGGUUAAUCGCUCAGCACUAACCUGUAGGCAUAUGGCGAACAGGUUUUCUGUUGUCUAACAUUGAUUGUCAUCUUCUAUUUGUUUCUAGGUUUCACAUGCCACUAUGAAGUACAUCUUGGUCACUGGCGGUGUCAUAUCCGGAAUUGGCAAGGGCAUCAUUGCCAGUAGUGUGGGCUUAAUCCUGAAGUCCUGUGGUCUGCAUGUGACUGCCAUCAAAAUCGACCCCUACAUCAACAUUGAUGCUGGCACCUUCUCACCUUAUGAACAUGGUGAGUGCAUUUGUGUGGUGAGUCCUCUCUGACUAAAGGAUUUAAUCUGUGAGGGCUAGGCCAAUGCAUGCCUAUCUAAUUGACUUGAGUUGCAUCACCCAUCCAGGUGAAGUGUUUGUGUUGGACGAUGGAGGUGAGGUGGACCUGGAUUUAGGAAACUACGAGCGCUUCCUGGACAUCAGGCUAACCAGGGACAACAACCUGACCACGGGCAAAAUCUACCAGUCAGUCAUCAACAAGGAGAGGAGGGGAGACUACCUGGGCAAAACUGUACAGGGUGAGGGAGUGAACAAGGGUUCUCCACUAGGCAAGGGGCAUUAGGAUUAGGGCAACACCUGGAAACCAAUGACCUCACUCCUAGCUGUUGUGUUGAUUUGUAAGGGUCUCUCCAUAGUCCUUAUUUCUAUGCUGAUCUCGAGUCUCUUUGGAUGCUGAUUCUAUUUUGCUGAUGUUUUCUCUCUUAUCUCAGUGGUGCCACACAUCACAGAUGCCAUUCAGGAGUGGGUGAUGAAGCAGGCCAAGAUCUCAGUGGAUGACGAUGGGGUAGAGCCACAAGUCUGCGUUAUAGAGGUACGAGCCACAGCGUAGUCAAGUUUGUCUUAUUUUUUUAUUUUUUUAUAUAUAUAUGUAUAUAUUUUUUUUUUUGUCAUUUAGCAGACGCUCUUAUCCAGAGCGACUUACAUGAGCAAUUAGGGUUAAGUGCCUUGCUCAAGGGCACAUCGACAGAUCUUUCACCUAGUCGGCUCGGGGAUUAGAACCAGCGACCUUUCGGUUACUGGCACAACGCUCUUAACCACUAAGCUACCUGCCGCCCCGUCUUAUUAUGGGUCAUUCAUUAUAGGCCAUUGUGAUUGUCCCCAUGAAGUUGUCAUUGGUGUCUGUGGUUUUAGCCAGGGAUUGUUAAGCUGGGUUGUAUUGAUUAGGACACACUAGCAACACAUUUCAAAACGUGCAAUGGAAAAUGAGCUGUUCAGAUAGUACCUCCCCGUUUCAGACGGUUUCUUGCGUUUUUUGCCUAGUGAAUGUUGAGGUCUCAGGCUGUGUCCUGUGUUGACAGUUGGGAGGCACUGUGGGAGACAUUGAGAGCAUGCCAUUUAUCGAGGCCUUCAGACAGUUCCAGUUCAAAGUGAAGAGGGAUAACUUCUGCAACAUUCACGUCAGCUUAGUACCACAGGUAAGCGCUUUAAAACACACACACACACGCGCGCACAGAGUAGGGCUUGUUUGAAAGCCGAUUUCAGCGUUGCGACAAGGCACAUCUGUAUCAAAAGUGUCUAAACAUUGUCAGCCUUUUACUGCAUUAAUACACACACACACACACACACACACACACACACAAUUGAAUCAAAACACAAUCCCAUAUAUAAGCAUUGUAAAACAUCAUGAACGCUUUAACUUAGUCUCAAAAGCACAUCAGUUGUGUUUCAAGUAAAAGGUUGUACAAUGAUGCUUAACUGAGAACUGAAAUGUAACUUUGUCUGCCUUUAGCCCAUUGCAACAGGAGAACAGAAGACUAAACCCACUCAGAACAGUGUCCGAGAGCUCCGUGGACUAGGACUCUCCCCAGACCUGGUGAGUUAGAUACUCCCUCAUCCUUUUGCCUUGGGACUCUUGGAAUUGGCUAACUAUGGCAUAGAAUGUUAUCAAUGUGCGAUAUGCUUCUCCUCAUGUAUUUUCAGAUCAUGUGCCGCUGUGCGACACCUCUGGAGAACGCUACCAAAGAGAAGAUCUCCAUGUUCUGUCACGUAGAGCCCACGCAAGUAAGGCCUUCUCUGUCUAUGACCGUUUUAACAUGACUGGGUCAUGUUCAUUUAAAAUGGACUGAAACAGGGAGGAACAAAUGUCAGUUUUCCGUUGCGUGCCUAAAUGAACACAACCCAGGAAAAAGUUACUGUUUAAGUCAACCAGGACCAUUUAAAUCCGAUUCUUAUGCUUUUCUCUCUCCCUGUCCCCAGGUGAUCUGCGUGGCAGACGUGUCGUCCAUCUACAGAGUACCCCUCCUACUGGAGGACCAGGGGGUGGUGGGCUACAUCUGCCAGCGGCUGGACCUCCCUAUUGAGAUGAGGGCCGGGAAGAUGCUCACCAAGUGGAAGGAGAUGUCCGACAGGUGAAAUCAAAUAACGUUUUAUUGGUCGCAUAUACAUAUUUAGCAGCAGCUACUCUUCCUAGGGUCCAACAAAAUUAAGGCGGUUAUACAAUUUAAAAAUACAUUUCACAACAGAUUUCACAACACAUGAAGUGUGUGCCCUUAGGCCACUAUUCUACAACCACAAUCUACAACACAAAAUCCAUGUGUGUGUAUAGUGCGUAUGUUAUUGUGUGUCUGUGUGUGUCCAUAUGACUGGGUUCACGUUUGUCUCCAGCGAUCAUAAGGUAAAAUAGAUCUAAAACAAUAUUGUAAUUUAUAUUUACAAUCCCCUUAUCCAAACAGCUUACACGUUUACCUAGCUCUAAUCAAUAGCUCUUAUCAAUUUGUGAAUUACAGUGCAUGGAGAAUGGUGUUAUUUCUAUUGGAUCAAAUAAAGUAGAUGUUCCACUUGGAACUGACAGGUUGCUCGACCUUAUUCAUCAUUUCAUCGUGCCUAAAGGUGGUGGAAUUAUGAGGGAAUUAAGUAAAGGUCAGAAUACUGUAGACACACCUCCGCUACACCUUAUUUCUUUGAUCUCCACCCAAAAUGAAAAGCGGGUGAAUAGCAUGCUAUUCUCAUGCUUAAGUUCAAGGUCAGAAUGUGCAUAGAGAGAAAAGUGCAUAAAAAGGAAUUAUGUUCCAUUUAUGCACGAUUAUCUAGGGUUGGAAUUCCCCCAUACUGAAUUGUGAGUCUCACCCCGGUUUGAUUGAAUAUUUUACCAUGUUUUGGUCUAAAAUGUAUAUUGACUUGAUACCCCAGGGUCCUCGGAACAUGUUGGAACUGAACUGUCUCCUCUCAGGUCUGACCGACUCCUGGAACAUGUGUCCGUCGCCCUGGUAGGGAAGUACACAAAGUUCUCUGACUCAUAUGCCUCUGUCAUCAAGGCCCUGGAGCACUCAGCCCUCGCCAUCAACCACAAACUAGAGAUCAAGGUAUGGAACCCAGUCACAUUCACCCAUGCUCCCUUUUAGUGCCCUCGCUCUUGGCAGUGGAUCAUCAUUUUUUUGUCGUGUUCUUUUUGCCAUGGGGCAGAGAUACAUUUUUGCAGUUUUAAAGCUAACUUCCUACAAUUCUACACAUUUUGCCAUGACUUGUUCAAAUGAUAGUGAGAGUGACUAACAAAGUGCCCUGUGUGCCCGGUCGGUAAUUUGGUGAUGAUUACUACAAGGUUUAGAUAGCUGGCUAGAUUACCUUACCUAGCAAUCUAAAACAUUUUAGUUGACAUGGGCUAAUUGAGUGACUGUGGAAAACUGCUGAUUCACUACCAAAUUUCGAAAUUGCACCUUGUGUAUUCUACUUUUCUAACUCUCAACUGUAAAUGGAGACCCCGACUUGAGUUCCCGAAUAAAGGUGGGGUUGGAGGACCACUAGCAGCCGCAGGGCUCUACGCGCAGCGCGUCUGCUUCCAUCGGUGGCAUUGGUGUUGUCUUUUGUGCAAACCAAACCUUGCGUGUCCUUACAGACAAAGGAUUAUGAGAAGCUCUGUUCUAAUGUACUGUUAAAUAUGGCCUUCUUAUAUGUUAUAAUGUUAUAAUAAAAAAGACGAUUACUGUAUGUCAUGUUCUUAUGCCACCCACCUCCCACUGACCCUCAGUCUCCCUCUUGCAGUUCAUAGACUCUGCAGACCUAGAGCCAAAUACACUGCAGGAGGAGCCUGUGAAGUACCAUGAGGCCUGGCAGAAACUCUGCAGUGCUGAGUGAGUGUCUACAGCAAAACACCUACACUGAGUAUACAACACAUUAAAAACACCUGCUCUUUCCAUGACAUAGACUGACCAGGUGAAAGCUAUGAUGCCUUAUUGAUGUCACUUGUUAAAUCCACUUCAAACAGUGUAGAUGGGGAGGAGACAGGUUAAAGAAGGACUCAAUAUAAUGGCUGCUUGACACCAUAAAUCCCACAGAACUUGCAUGAGCAUUGUGACUACAUUUUUUUUCCUGUGUAAUUGUAACCCUAAGCCAAGGGAGCUGUGUUCUCCUGUCAGUGAAGGAUCAAUAUUGUCUCAUACACACAGUGGUGUCUUGGUACCUGGAGGCUUCGGUGUACGGGGGACAGAGGGGAAAAUCCAGGCUAUCAGCUGGGCAAGGAAAAAGAAAAAGCCAUUUUUAGGUAAGGUAUUUAAGCAUUAAUGAAAUGGAAAUUAAUCAAAAGUAUUGUAACGUAUCAUGUGUCAGUUUAGCAUGUUUUGUUAAAUGGAAAUUAUAUUCUGUAUGUCACUCUUUAUCAUUGAAUCCAUCAUAGAAAUUCGGAUCAGACUGGUUCAGACUGACUUUUUUUAUUGCACACAUUUAAUCCCAAUUGUCUUUUUGUAGGGGUAUGUUUGGGCAUGCAGUUGGCAGUGUGUGAAUUUGCCCGCAAUGUUAUUGGCUGGCAAGGUGAGUAAUCUUUGAAUCACUAAUCAUUAUAUCCUUGAGGUGUAUGUUGCAUAAUUCCAGAAUGUGCAUAAGUUAAAUGUUAAACUCUCAAACCUGACAGAUGCCAACUCUACUGAAUUCCACCCAGAAUCUAAACACCCUGUGGUAGGUAUGCCAUAGUAACCAAGUCCAUCUCUCUGUCACUUCUCACUGAGUUUUGGCUCACGAACAUUGUGAAAUUCUGGUACUGUUUUGACAGGUGAUUGACAUGCCAGAACACAACCCUGGGCAGAUGGGCGGGACGAUGAGGUUGGGGAAGAGGCGGACCAUCUUCAAAUCCAACACCAGCAUUUUGAGUGAGUGCUAAUCUUGGCAAAACCACAUAGCAUUUGAUUGUGUUUGGUGUGUUAUAAUGGUUGAUAAUAUUCAGUAUUUUUUCAGGAAAGCUGUAUGGCGAUGCUGAAUAUGUUGACGAGAGGCAUCGUCACCGCUUUGAGGUACAAGAGCUGAAUCGAGUCAUGAUGUGUAUAUUUGCAUUACAUUUUUACAUUACAUGUUACUUGAAGAGACUGCUAUUAUUAGUAUGCAAUUGACAAACCAUUUGCAUAUGGAAGUGUUACAUGUAUUACAUUAUAAGUGUGGAUGGGUUGAAUUGAUGGGAGCUCUGUCCUCUUAGGUGAAUCCUGAGCUGAAGCACCACUUUGAGGAGAGGGGCUUCCGUUUUGUCGGCCAGGACGUGGAGGGAGAGCGGAUGGAGGUCAUUGAGCUGGAUGGUGAGUUAACCAUGGAGACAUUUCAAUGUCUUGCACAGUCUGGCUCUUGGAAAUGUUAAUGUUAAAUAGAGCGUUAUCACUUCAUAAAGUACUUUCUUGACUGAAUUGAAAAAAAUAUGUAUUUUUUUUUUAUCAAUUUGAAAUGUAACAACAGCUGUAACUAUGCCAACCGAAAUGUAUAGGUCCGUAGCAUCCAUCUCAAACCGAUCACCUUCCCACCUGUGUUGUUUCAGAUCAUGCCUAUUUUGUUGGAGUGCAGUACCACCCAGAGUUCACUUCUCGUCCCAUCAAGCCCUCGCCCCCCUACUUUGGCCUCCUGCUGGCUGCAGCAGGGAAACUCCAGAGCUACCUACAGAAAGGUUGUCGCCUCUCACCACGGUAAGACCAUGCAGAUCAUUGUAUUUCUCAUCAUUUCCUUUUACUCCAUCAGAUGGAGGCAAGCAAGAUGAGCAGCAUUUGGGCUGCGAAAAGGGGAAUGAAAAAAGUUACCCAUAGACAGCCAGUAUUGGAUUUUUCUAACGCUAUACCCUAGUUUAUAUCUAUGACUUAUCAUAUCAUCCUGAGACAGUAUUAUGGAUGUAUAUAACUCUGUCCCUUGCGUUACAGAGACACAUACAGUGACCUAAGCGACAGCAGCUCUCCAGACUCUGAGAUCGCUGAGCUGAAAUUCCCGUCUGUCUCCUAGGAGUUACCAGUUACAUGCACCUGUUCCUCUGUUUAUGCUGGUACUGCUGUUACAGGGACUAUUUCAUUGUGCCUGUUCACCUCACCUGUUUGAACUCAAUACAGCAGCCUCCGCUCAUCUACCUGAAAAUAAAUACCUUUCAUAUCACCCAACAGAAGGUGUAAUUACUGAGAAAAGUAGCUCUCUGAAAUGACGCAGGAAACCAAAAUGGCAAGAUUUUAGACUAUUGUUAAGCGUUAAUCACUACAAUUGAAUGCAACAUAUCAGCAUUACUAUGCCCCCCCCCUUAAUUUUUUUUGUUAUUCUUUAAAGUUAAACUUUGGCUAAGAACACUAUUGUUAUUUGUUAGGCCAGAAGGAUCAACGGUGUGAAUACAGAUUGAUAAUAUAUCUAUAUGUAAAUGUAGUCAGAGAUGUAUGUGCUUGUCAAUUUCCCUCAGAAAAAGCCACCCAGCCAGGUGUUAUUGAAUAAAACAGUGAUGCACUAAUGAAUGAAUGGAAGAUGAAAAUAAAGAAUCUGUGAACAUCCUUCCCUUUUAAAAAAAUAUUAGAAAACCUCUUGAAUUUAUUUGCAAUGCUUUUUUGAUAAAUGUUUCCUAUUAUGUUUGAGAUCAAAUUUGACGUAAGACUGGUGAUAUUCUGUGACCCUGAAUAGACC